AUGACUGAAGAUAUCAGUAAAAAGAGAAGAAGUCGUGGUGCUUAUGUUGGUGUUUUUAAGAAAAUUGUUAAUGAAACUGUGAAACCUAUUUAUGAAAGGUUUGCUUUGAAAGAUCAUGGUGCGGUACUCUUAUCCAGUUAUGAUUUACUGGAAGCUAAAUUAUUGAACGUAACAACUAUUCAAAAUGAAGUUAAUGACUUAAUUGAGCCAGAGAAUUUAGCUAAUGAAAUGAUGUCACACUUGGAAUUUGAGCAGUAUGCUGCGAAAGAGUUAACAACAUUGAAAAAGUUUCUUGACAAGCAUGUGUUUGAAAUUGAAGGUAAUGUUUCUGUUACUUCUUCUGAUGGGUCUGGAAACUCCAGCGUGAGGGAUCGAAUUAAACUUCCGAAACUUGAGCUGAAAAAGUUUAACGGUGAUCCUUUGCAAUGGAAGUCCUUUGACGAAUCUUUUGAGUGUGCGAUACAUAAGAAUGAAUCUCUUUCUUCUGUCGAAAAAUUGACGUAUUUGACAAAUCUUUUGUCGGGCUCGGCAGAACAAACAAUCAGCGGUUUAUCGUUAUGUAACGAAAACUAUGAAAUUGCGCGAGAUCUUUUAAAAGAACGAUUUGGUGAUCCACAAAUUACUGUGUCAGCUCAUAUGAACAAACUUUUGACUCUUGAAAAUGUAAAAAGUUCGAGAGAUAUUAAAUCUAUGCGAAAACUUUACGACCUAAUCGAAUCUCAAGUGAGAAGUUUGAAAGCCCUGGGUUUUAAAGCAGAAAACUAUGGACCUAUGCUUAUUCCUGUUGUUUUGUCAAAAUUACCGAAUGAUAUCAAAUUAAUGAUAAGUAGAAAAUUUGAUGAAGAUAUUUGGGACGCUGAAGCUGUGUUAAAAUUUUUAAGAAAAGAAAUUAUGGCACGUGAAAAACUUUCGAAUAUAAAAUUAGAAGAAGAUGAGCAGCGGGAGUUCCCCAGCAGUGGAAGUUCUUUGAAUGCACAAGCUGCGCGAACUGGUACCCGAAAGUUAUUCUGUUCCUUUUGUUCUGGUGAGCAUAAAUUACAUGAAUGCAGAACUGUAACAAAAUUAGAAACCAGGAAAGAAAUUGUUUUGAAAAAUGGACGCUGUUUUUUAUGUUUAAGAAAAGGACACAUGAGUCGUGAAUGCAAAGCAAGUUUUCGUUGUUUUCACUGCAAAGGAAAACAUCACAUAGCCUUAUGCGAAAAGAAACAUAAUCCAAAUCCUCCUCCUAGUCGUAGUCCUAAGAAAAAUGAAACCGAAAAUAAAGAUGCAGAAAGUGAAGAUUCUUCCUCGAACGUUACACCUGCUAAUAUAAACAUAGCUUCUGAUCAAAAUAAUGUUUUGCUGCAAACUGCUAUGGCUACAGUUACAUCAUGCGAUGGAAAUUUUUCUGCGAAAUUACGCAUUUUAUUUGACAGCGGUUCGCAAUUGUCGUACAUCACACCGCCAGCGAGAAAAAGGUUGAAUUUAAAAACUGUUUCAAAAAAAGAACUGAGUAUUAAAGUCUUUGGAGGUGAACACUCUACGAAAAAACUUGAUCUUGUCAAAUUUGAAAUUAAAAGCACAAUAUCGAAUGAGAGCAUUAAUGUUUCUACGUUUGUGAAUGAUAUUUGCAAACCUGUUUCCGGACAAACUAUCAAUUUUGCUGUUGAAAAUUAUGAACAUUUGCAAGGCUUACAAUUAGCUGAUCAGAAUUUUAGCGACGAUCUACACGUCGACAUAUUAAUUGGAGCCGAUUAUUACUGGAAUUUUUUCACGAAAACUGUUUUACGAAGUUCUAGCGGAGGUCCUGUUGCCAUGGGAUCAAAACUUGGAUUUAUCUUAAGUGGUCCAGUUUCUACUGUCUCUACCACUCCUGUUACAGCAAAUAUGGCUUGUACUCAUUCGUUAUUAAUUAUGAAAGAAACUCAAUCAGAUUAUGAGAUUCUGAAUGAAAACGUGAAUAAAUUUUUCAACUUGGAAAGUUUAGGGAUUUCCUCCGAAGAACCUAGUAUUUACGACAAAUUCACGGAUGAAAUAAAAUUUAAAGAUCAUCAUUACGAAGUGAGGCUACCAGUGAAAGGUGAUAAAAUGUUCAUUGAGGAUAACUAUUCACUAGCUAAAGACCGCCUCCGAUCACAGUUUAAUAAAUUAAAAAACAAUACCGAAUUAUUGAAAACAUACGACGAUAUAUUUAAAGAACAAUUGGACAGCGGUAUCAUUGAAAAGACGACAGAAAGCCCUGGUGUUGGGGAAACCCAUUAUCUCCCCCACAGAGCUGUUAUUAAACCUAACAGAAAUGCAACGAAAGUACGUAUAGUUUUCGAUGCUAGCGCAAAGCAUAAAGAUAGUCGAUCGCUAAAUGAAUGUUUAUAUACCGGUCCGUCACUGAACACUUCAUUGUUUGGAGUGUUGUUACGAUUUAGAGCGUAUAAUAUCGCAAUAACUGGUGACAUUGAAAAAGCCUUCCAUCAAAUAUCGGUAUCACCUGAAGAUCGUAAUUUACUCCGAUUUAUCUGGUACGACGAUGUGAAUAAUUUUGAUGAUCAAAAGUUUGAAAAUAACGCGCUAGCUGAUUAUAGAUUCUGCCGAGUAGUCUUUGGAGCCACUUGUUCUCCAUUUCUUCUGUCUGCAACUUUGAUUUUUCAUUUACACGGUUAUGUUGAAUGUGAUCCGCAAUUUGUGCAGAAGUUACUUGAAUCUCUGCAUGUUGAUGAUUUGACUGCGGGUGGCGUUAAUGAUUCUGAUGCUUUGUGUUUUUACACGAAGUGUCAGGAGAGGCUCAGUGAAGGAGGGUUUAAUUUGAGAAAGUUUAACUCUAACUCCAAAAUGCUUGAGAACAUCGUCAAUAGUACUCAGGAUGAAACUGAAAUCAAAUUUUAA